AUAUUGUGGUGAUCUGAAGUCAGAUUACUGUAUAGAGAAUAAUCAUUAAUCUUGUAUUGCCUAUGCGGAUGAUAGGAAUGAUUACUAUAGCAAAGUUCACCCCGUGAAGAAACAAAGUAUCUAGUAGUCAGACUCUUUUUAAGUUUUUGCAACUAGCGAUCCUGGAUAACUCCGGAUACGAGAACCUCGCUGAAAGAUGUUUUUUGGGAAUAAAGAACUACGCUGUAAGAAAAGAAUCGCAUCUUGAAACUUGUCAGAAAUGAGAUGGAAACCUGUUCGAUUUUCAGGAAUUCAAGCGCCCUUAAAACGGUCUUGGCUUUGUUUCUUCAGACGUGUCAUUUCAUAGGAACUGUAAAAUGCAUUGGGGUUUAUCUACCUGACCUGAAGCGAACAUUAGGACUAUCGUUGACUGAUAUUGGUCUUGCUAUUGGAUUAUUCGAAGCACUUUCAUUCGUUCCAGGUCCUGUAAUUGCGUACAUCUAUCGAAGACCCCACGGCGGGUUCCGGCGAUGUCUUCUGGUGACAGGUGCAAUACUCGCAACAGGAGGACUCCUUCUUGUAUCCAUUGCAACCAAUGGUAUAGAAUUAGCUGUCUUCUUAUCAGUUGCUGGUCUUGGUUCCAGCAUCCUGCAAAUUUCAUUGGUAAUCAUUCUGAGCGAUCAGUCUGGAGAAGCGUUUGCAGUCUUCUAUGGAAUUGGUACAUCAGGUUACGCCAUCGGAGUGGCUCUAGUUCCCCCGAUCGCAGACUACCUGAUGAGGAUUUAUGGCUGGAGAGGGUCCCUGAUGAUUAUUGGAGCUAUCGUGGCGCACCUUAUACCUUUCGUCUUGAUGGUUGAUCUCGACGUAGAGGGCGUCGUACAUAACGAUUUUGGGCCCUUCUACACCCACGAUGAAGAAAUUGAAGACCAAUUUGAUAGGUCUGAAAAAGAAGCGCUUAUCUCAAGAUCAAGUAUCCAGGAAAAAACACACAAUGACGGGGAUAAAUCACAGGUUGGCGGUAUUUACGCUGAAAUAAAACCGGCAAAUGAUGGAAUCGGAUCAGAAAAUGAGAACGCAAGGUUAAGUGACAUCAAAGAGGUAACACCUGAAAAAUCAGCUACUGGUAAAAGAAUCACGGGCGUGUCUAACAUGCAUGUUAUGUUAGAAAAAGGGUUUAAGCGAAAAUGUCUGAAUGAUUGUUCUAAUUUGUAUCGAAUCUUCACAGACUCCAUAUAUAAUCAAGAUCGCUGGAUGAUUCUCCUUAUGCUGGUCACACUUGUAUUGUAUAUGGUGGACUCUAGUUGGUAUGCAUAUCUCAUCCCAUGUGCGAUUGCUCUUGACAUUCCUACAUCCCAGAUACUGUGGCUUCCUUAUUCUGCGGGGGCUGGAAUAUUCGUAGCCCGAAUUUUAGGCGGAUACUUCGAGAAAUCUAAGCUUUUAUCUGGCCAAUCCUUGUUUCUUUUCUUUACCUUACUCAACAUCUUAUCACUUUUGUGGAAUAUCUUCGCUCCAAGAUUUGCUGUCAUGAUUGUGACUUCAUUCAUCUCGGCAUUCACGAUUGCCCAACGAAACCUUCUGUCGUUGGUCAUCUGUAAGGACAGAGCGCCUCGGGCACAUUUCCCGGUGAUUCUGGCUUCUUAUGAGAUUGUUUGUGGAAUUGGAUUCUUCUUCGGAUCUUUGUUAUGUGGAUAUGUCGCAGAUGUGAGGGGAUCUUUCAACGCUUCAUAUAUGUUCAUCGCAGGGGUAGAAAUCAUUGGAUUAUGUCUCAUGAUUCCAUCAAUAAUUGCCGAGAAAAUGAAGGAACGCAUGGUGCGCUAAACGAAAACCCACACACUCCACAAAGGUGUAUAAUGAAACAUACCUUUCAGGGUCAGUAAAAAAAGAAGAGGAAAGCCGGCUGGAAAGUUCACCCGCAUAUAGCAAUUAUAAUAGCUGUGCUGAUGUUAUGACGCUGAAAGUUGAAAGUUCAUGUAAAGACAAUAUUGCUCCUUACCUCGUAAUUAUAUGGUAAAACUUUGCCACCGUCAUUGGACGAUAGUCAGGGGUAGAUCCACCAGACGAUUGUUGUGUCCAGGGAAGGAAAUUAGCGAGUUUUCGCACCGCCAGGCAGAACAAAUUCUAGAACACAGUAUAUGUAUUGAAAAUGCUGGUCACAUGACAAUGAACAGCUGUGAGGUUUUUGUCGGAAAUUGGCCAACCGGAAACCGGAGCUGACAAAAAAUGCAAAUAUAUCGUUUAUCCAGAGCCCAGGAGGAAACUAUUGUUUUGAUUCACCAAUCUUCGACAAAAACUGUUUGGUUGGUGUAUUUUUUUUGACAAUACAUUUUCUAUGUACUUGAAAGCGUUCUGCGUCACGAGCAUCGAUCGAACACUUUUUGCAAACAUCAACACACAUGCCAAAGUGUAAAACUUUGAAGAAAUUUUGUUCAAGCUAAGUAACGCAUUUCCUUGUCAAUAUGUAAUUUAUAAAUAAAUAAAUAAAUGUAUAAAGUUGAAGUAAGUUAAACAAUUUCACUCUUACUAGUUUUGUUUUAAUUCUCCAGUGAGUGAAAUGUGGCGCAAUAUUCCAUGUAUAAUACUCUCAAUAGAGGCCGCCAUCAUCACCAUUAUCAAGCAUAACCGCCAACGAUGUCUCCUGCAUAUGCUGCAUUCUUUUAAUUUGUUAUUUUGUUUAAUGCAUGUACAUUUUCUUGAUAUCAUUUAUCCAAUUUUUAUACUGCAUUACUAAUUUGUUGUAUAUUACAUUUGUGUUUAUUACAUUGAGAACUUAUAUCUAAUGCACGUGAAUGAGAAAAUAAAAGCAAUCAAUCGAUCAAUCAAUCAAUAAAUAAAGAAAUAUUAAGUAAAAUAAAGAAGUUGUUAAACUGGUGGAAGCAAAGAGAUUUAACUUUGAUGGGCAAAAUACAACUAUUAAAGCAGUUUAUCUUUUCAAAAUUCA